AUGGAAAGUAAAAAGUAAGUAUAACAUAGUCAUUGCACUACGCAGCGUAUAUGUUGUUGGUGCCAAUUACAAGUAUAAAGAUACUAACUAUUGAUAGUACCAUAAUAGAACAUCCUCCUAAUGGACAAAAGAGAUGGAGAAUAACUUCGGGAAAAUCAAACUCACUGAUGAAAGGAUCAAAGAAUUCAAAAAUCCCAAAAUCGCAGAGGGUGAUCCAGUGUUUUCAGAAUUCGUUACAAAUCGCUGCCGCGGGGCAGCAAUAUCAAGGAAAAAAGUCAAAGAGGCCUAAAAAUAAGCCUGGGAUGCCAAAAGAUUUUAUAUUUGUGGAUUUAUCGCCUGUCAAAAACGCUGAAGACUCUUCGGACGAGGGCGACAAUAGCAGUUUAGUCUCGCCAGCUAUUACACCAGAUACUACUGUUGAUAAUCAAGAACAGAAUACUGUUUCACCAACUAUUACACCAGAUACUACUGCUUUGGAUAAUCAAAAAUUGAAUGCUGAUUCAUAUUUCGAGUUAUCUACCUCGAAUGACUCCUUUCAAUCUCUGCAAUCCGACGAGGAAUCAAUUUUCUCAUCGUUGGAGGAUUCAUCGUCGUCCAACUCAUCCACUUUUGGAACAGAGCCUUAUAUACAGGAAUGUAACCAAAUUAAUACCCAAUCGAGUGCAAACAAUGAUGCCAUGCUUGGAUUAGGUAUACUUAACAUGGAUAUGACGUCUAAUGCGGGUCAUUGGAUGGCAGAGAGCGAUGAUAUGUACUACCAAGAAAGCUUUAAUUAUGAACCAUCAGUGGCUUAUAGCUCACAUAUUAAUCCAUUUCCUGUUAUUGAACAAUCAAAAGUUGAGCCUCAAUUCGAGGGCUUGAAGAGAUCCAACACAGUCACCGAGUUGCCUACACAAACUGAGCAAUCCACUUCCCACAGAAGGGCAAAGUCAACAUGCGAACCUUCGAAAAAGAGAUCUAGCUCGACUUUGCAAUUCAGAGUUUACAAAGCACCUUCUAGUAAAGCAAAGAAAAACUUGUCUCCUGAGUUGAACCAUAGACGCACAAUUUCUGAACCAUCAUUAGCAAUUCCAAGAAAUCCCAAUGCUUUUGACUUGAUGGAUUUUGACAAUCAAAUGUUUGUGGAUUUGAAUGGCGAUGAAUCUUCUGAUAACUGUAAUUCAGUGAUGUCAGAAUCUAAUAUUUUUACUCCUAGCACUGAUUACUCCGAAGCUGAGGAUUACACCAGUGAUUUAUUAAAGUCUUCGAAUAUGGACACUUUUUUACUUGGAGGUUGUGGUUCAAAUGAAUUUUUGGGAAAUAACCAAUAUGAUUUCGAUUUUAAUUCUUAUGUAUCUUAUUGA